AUGGCUCCUCCCGUCCCUCCCGGACGCAGCUUUACUGUCCGCGGCGUAGUUGUGGGCCUCGCCGUCGGUACCGUCAUCUGCGCCGCCAAUGUUUACUUUGGCCUGCAGACGGGAUGGGUAUCUAUCAUGUCGAUGCCAGCUAGCCUCAUGGGAUUUGGUGUCUUCAAGCUUCUGUCUCGCCACCUGAGCUUCCCUUUCAGCCCGAUCGAGAACGUGCUUGUCCAGAGUGUCGCGUGUGGCAUGGCCAUCAUGCCACUCGGUUGCGGCCUUGUCGGAGUCGUUCCCGCCAUGAGUUACCUCCUUACACCAAAUGAGAGAGGUCCCAUCAACCUCAGCAUGUGGCAACUCAUAAUAUGGUCCCUGGGACUCUGUUACUUCGGCGUUGUCUUUGCUGUGCCUUUGCGGUACCAGGUUAUUAUUCGGGAACGUCUUCGGUUUCCUAGUGGCUUCAGCACCGCUGUCCUCAUCUCGAUUCUCCAUGGUAAGGGCCACCAGUCCCAAGAUCAGCUUGACGCCGCUUCCGAGGGAACUUUUGCGAGUCUUGUCCCCAAAGAUGAUAUUCUGCCGCCACCUCGCCCUGGAAACGGUGAACUAGCGGAUGAUAGCCCUGACGAGGAGUCUCAGCACAAGAGUCAAGAUUGGGCAGCCAACAUGCGUCUUCUUCUCUUUAGCUUUCUUGUUUCUGGCCUCUAUACCCUCAGCACCUACUUUUUCCCCAUACUACGCAAUCUCCCUAUCUUUGGGACCGUUGCCGCCCAUACCUGGCUGUGGGCUCUCAACCCCAGCUUUGCCUAUAUCGGACAGGGUAUCAUCAUGGGCGCAGAAACUACGCUGCACAUGACUCUGGGGGCUGUGGUCGGUUGGGCCAUUCUAGGCCCGCUAGCUAAGUCUAAGGGCUGGGCUCCUGGUCCAGUUGAUGAUUGGGAGACCGGGAGCAAGGGUUGGAUUGUAUGGAUAUCUCUCGCCAUUAUGCUUGUCGACGCUGUUGUGAGCCUGGCCUAUGUUUCUCUGCAUCCUCUUAUCGGAAAGCAGACUGCCGAGCUGUUUGGCCGCCUGAAAGGCAAGGUCAAACACAGCGCUCUCGGUAUGAGAAUUGGCCUCGGUUCGUACGAGUAUACGCCGCUUCAGAAUUCGGACGAAGAUCUUUCCUCGCAGAGAGGCUCCUUGGAUGAUGACCAAUUGGCGCCUGAUACGAAGGGUGAUCUUGAAGUCGAUGCGCCGCCGGAGCAGCGUGUUAGCAGAAGGGUGGUCUCAGUUGGGCUUGGUCUAUCGAUACUCUUUUGUAUCGCAACGAUCCAUUUUGUCUUUGGAGACCUUGUCCCACUCUAUGCUACUGUCAUUUCUGUUUUCAUGGCGCUUGUUCUGAGCAUCAUGGGGGUACGGGCACUUGGAGAGACUGAUCUUAACCCUGUGUCAGGCAUCAGCAAGCUUGCCCAGCUUUUCUUUGCUUUGAUAAUUCCGCAGUCUAAUCAGUCCAGUGUUUUGAUCAACCUCAUAGCGGGUGCUGUUGGGGCACUUCAGGCUGGUGAUUUGAUGCAGGACUUGAAAACUGGACACCUUCUCGGCGCAGCUCCGAAGGCACAGUUCUGGGGUCAGGUCAUUGGUGCCACAUUUGGUGCGGUUCUCAGCGCCUUCAUCUACCGACUAUACACGAUGGUUUAUGAAAUCCCCGGCGAACUUUUCCAGGUCCCCACUGCUUAUGUGUGGAUAUUUACUGCCAGGCUUGUGACAGGAAAGGGCCUGCCUUAUAUGGUGAAAGAAUGGGCGAUUGGUGCCGCUGUUCUCUUUGCACUAACGACGUUGGUCCGCACUUUGUCUGUCGGCAAGCUAUGGAGAUCAUGGAUUCCUGGCGGGAUUGCUGUCGCCGUUGGCAUGUACAAUGUUCCCUCCUUUACGUUGGCACGAGUCAUUGGAGGUGUCGCCUCGUGGUACUGGGUGAACAUCUUGAAGCGUUCAAACACUCCCUUGAUAAUUCUUGCAUCGGCUGUCUGA